ACCCACCAAUCCCCUUCAAGAGAUAUCCCUUAAUGAGUCAUCAGACCCCAGCAAUAGACCCUGCUCCAGGAAACCCAUUUUUUGCUCCACACCCUCAGCAGGCUCCCUCAGAAAACAUCCACGCCUUAAACCCUUUCCCAUCAAUGAUAUGUCCUCUAUGCCCCUUUCUAUGUCUGUAAGCUGCAUUGACAGCUUGAGCACAUUUCAAAACGAUGUGGAUUCUCCAGGUCCCGUGGCCUCACAACGUUCUGUUCCAGCCACUGUGGUCUUCUCUCAUGAGAAGCAGCAUUUGGACCUUAGUAAGAAAGAAAGGGCCCUCUAUCAGCAUAAUGAGCCCUCUGGUGAUUUUUUCAUGGAGUCUUAGACAUCUAACACAAGUGAGGACAACAGAAACCACAGCAAAGAUUCACAGACCAAGAGUGGUGAAGAAUUAUGCCUAAAUCGUCUUUCUUCUAACAAGGAAAGCAGCAGCAGCAAUUUUGUGAACACAACAGAGGGGACACUCCCAACAAGAAGAAAAAUGUCUCUGGCCCGUAAGGAGAGGAAUAGGAGGAGCACAUCUAGAGACCGGCCUGGGACGACUAGGAAAGCAUGUGUGAGCGGCCUCAGUGUGAAUCGCUGGAAAAACAAAAGCAGCACGAGCUCGCAUGUGUCCGGGCGUCAAAGAGCUCCUGAUCAUGUUAAGGCUUUGGACUGCAGCCUAAAUGAGCUGAUCUCUCAACACAAACAGCAGCGGGUGCUUGGACCAGCUAUCUCGUUCUCAACCCCAAUGAGGGCGAGUGCACUCAACCUCUCCUCAGUUUUGGCCGACAUGACGCCAAGUUCAAACACCUGGAGCAGACUUAAAGCCGCCCUCUCUAUUCACCGCAAAGGCAUGGUGCUAUUAACGCCAAGGACUGUGGCAGCGUCCGGCUGUCCUGGAAGGGAAGCUCUAGCAGAUCUCAGCAGGGAUCUCUUCGCUCCCCGCCCUUCCGGACCCCGCUCCCCAAACACCUGCAGUCACAGCUGCAUAGAAACGAUUCUCUGGUACAACACAAUCAUUCCAGUAGAGGGCAGUGAGAAGGUGAAUGGAGAGGAUCAGAAGACAUUUGGAGAGAUCCUGCAUGAGAUUAUUAUCUCAAAGGAACUGAGCAGCCUGAAGGAGAAGCAACACAACCAGACUCACAGCUUCAUUGGACUCAAUGACCUCCACUGUGUCCAAGGCUGCUACCCUCUAGAUUUCCUAGAUGCUUGGGACAGAUUCAACCAACAGAAAGGUUCUGAGAAUGACAGGCCAGAUACUAGCAGGUUUCAAGAUGUGUCCACCCACUCACCACUCCACCCCAACCCUUGA